UGGCCCCGCCCCCGGCGCGGGGGAGGCCCCUCCGGGUCGGUGGCGAUGGAUCUGGAGGGGCUGCGCAAGGAAUACCGGGGGGACACCGAGGCCUUCGAGGAGAAGCACCUGGUGUCCCACGAUCCCAUAGAACAAUUCCAAGCCUGGUUCCAGGAGGCCCGGGAGUGCCCAGACAUCGGGGAGGUCAACGCCAUGUGCUUGGCCACCUGCUCCAGGGAUGGGAAGCCCUCGGCCAGGAUGGUGCUGCUGAAGGGAUUCGGGAAGGACGGAUUCCGCUUCUUCACCAACCACGAGAGCAGGAAGGGCAAGGAGCUGGAGUCCAAUCCCUUCGCUUCCCUCGUCUUCUACUGGGAGCCCCUCAGCCGGCAGGUCCGGGUGGAGGGCUCCGUGAGGAGGCUCCCGGAGGAGGAAUCCGAGCGCUACUUCUACUCCCGGCCCCGGAGCAGCCAGAUCGGGGCCGUGGUGAGCAGGCAGAGCUCCGUCAUCCCCGACCGGGAGUACCUGAGGAAGAGGAACGCGGAGCUGGAGGAGAAAUUCCGGGACACGACGGUGCCCAAACCGCACUACUGGGGUGGGUACGUCCUGGAGCCGGAGGUGGUGGAGUUCUGGCAGGGCCAAACCAACCGGCUGCACGACCGGAUCGUGUUCCGGAGGCUCCGGGAUCGCUCGGCCCCGCUGGGGGCCAUGACCCACCCCGGCCACGGGGACUGGGUCUACGAGCGCUUCUCCCCCUGAGGAUCCCGCUCUGGAAUGCCACCUGUGCCAGAGCCACCCCCCCACCUGCCCCUCGUGGUGUGCUGGGAAUCGCAUCCCGAGCUCCGGGAAUUCCCGGCGCCUUCGUCUGCAUCCGCUCCCCCCACCCCGUGCUGCUGGGGGUUAAUUAAUCGUGUUAAUGAUUGUGGAGAGACCCCAGCUGUGACCCCAGUGAUCCCCUCCCCUCCCCAGUCCUGCCACUGCCACUGCCUGUGCUCUGUGUUUUAGCUGGAAUUGUGUUGUAGCUGGAAUCCUGUUUUAGCUGGAAUCGUGGAAUGUGCUCAAUUCCCGAUGUAUUAUUGCUCUUGUUUAAUUGAUUUAUUUCAUUAAUGUCACCACGGUGUCACCCCUGGCUCUGUCCCAGCACCACUCCUGCCACUGCCACUGCCUGUGCUCCAUGUUUUAGCUGGAAUCCUGUUUUAGCUGGAAUCGUGUUUUAGCUGGAAUCCUGUUUUAGCUGGAAUCAUGGAAUGUGCUCAAUUCCCGAUGUAU